AGAAGAAGAAGAAAGGGAAAAAACAAGAGGGAGAAGAAGAAGAAGGAGGAGGAAACAGAAGGAGGAGGAGAAGAAGCAGAAGCCCAAGUCGGAGCGCGAAGCUAGAAGAGUAACAUUAGCAGAGAUAUAGCAUUGAGUUAGAUGAGGUGAUUCCUUAUAAAAUGCCUCACUCCUGCGCCGUGAAGACGUGCGGAAAUAAAGCGAGGACCGGCUCCUGUUUGUCGUUUCACCGCCUUCCAGUGAGGGAACCCGAGCGGCUCAGACUGUGGCUGUUUGCCCUGGACAUCGAUACAAAUACUCCGCAGCCGGAGCUGAAGAAAUAUAUCGUGUGCUCGGAGCAUUUUGCUCCGGAGGACUACACAGCCAACGGGCAGCCGAGGACCGGAGCGACGCACCGUUUCCUGACGCCGACGGCCGUGCCGACCGUCGCCGUUUCCUCCCGCGCGCCGGAUCGGAGCGUGACGGAGGAUUUAGAAAACGUCAGGACCAAGCAUAUAUUAUUGGAUUCUCAUUCCUCUGAAGGCACAACGCUGGACUCUGAAGAACUGCCUCCCUCACUGCAGCAGUCUGGCAUUAAGGUGGAGCAGGUUCCCGUCCUGGAGCAAACGGAGAUCAAACCGCAGGUCAAAGAGCUGCUGCUGCUGCAGCAGUGUGACAUUAAGGUGGAGCGGGUUCCCGUCCCGGAGGUCAAACCACAGAUCAAAGACGAGCAGGUGGAUCAACACAUCAGUCCAGACACGGAGGCCUAUACUUCCGACAAUGCUGAAGUCAGACAUGGUAAAUCAGAGCCAGCCACCAAAUGUGAGCUCUUCCCAUCUUCCAACGCUGCAACUGUGAGUCUAAAUAAUGGCAUAGACGACAAAUGGAAUGGAAGUGACAGUUCUUUGUCGCCUCGUCGGAGUCACGGCAUCGAAGUCUUUGUGGAACUGGAACAGCCUCCGAGGGAAGAAAAGUCUUGCCAUGUUUGCGAUAAAAGUUUUAAGAGGGACUCUUAUCUGAUAAGGCACGUAGACAAGAGUCACAAAGGGCACAAGGCCUUUAAAUGUCUGGAGUGCAACAAGGAGUUUGACCAACGGUACCAGCUAGUUCUGCACAUAAGAAGUCACACAGGUGAAAAACCCUUUAGCUGUGAUUACUGUGGUAAAGCAUUUGUUCAGAACUCGAGUCGUCUUGCUCACAUGAGGGUGCAUACAGGGGAAAAACCAUAUUUCUGUGCUAAGUGUGGAAAAAGUUUUGCCACAAGCAAUCAUUUCAAAUUUUGCAAAAUGCAGAACGAGUGCAAAAUCGCACCAGAAAAAGGGAGCGCAGAUGAGAAUCUCAAAGAGGAGAAGGCCUUUAAAUGCUUUGAAUGCAACAAGGAGUUUGAUAAAAACCACCAGCUCGUUCGGCACGUGAGAGUUCACACGGGGGAAAAACCAUUCAGCUGCGAUUUCUGUGGUAAAACGUUCACCCAGAACUCGAAUCGCAUCGUUCACAUGAGACAGCAUACUGGGGAGAAACCAUAUUUCUGUAAUAAAUGUGGCAAGAGGUUUGCGAGUAGCCACCAUCUCAAACUGUGCACAGGGACACAACACAAAAGCUCAAACAAGUCGUUUCGCUGCACAACGUGUGGCAGAAACUUUCACACGGACUCAAACCUGAAGGUGCAUAUGGAGGUUCAUGAGUCGUGGCAACGACACAUCAGUGAGAAACUGCAAGGACGGGAGCUGGAAGAGAAAAAACUUCAAGCGGUCUGAAAGAACAUCAGAGUCUAUGUGGCACCGGAUACGUUUUCGAAAACUUGGGCAAACUUUUUAAAUCCAGCCAAGUAAGAUUAUGAUUUGAUUGAUUCAUGUGUCGUAAAUUAUUAUUUAUUUAUUUUUCACGGUGGAGAAGUGAGGAAAAAACGUCUCAAAAGGAGGUACACCUUCCCCCGUCCACGCUGUGAUAAUUUCCUUUAGGGGAAACCGAGAUCACGAGGGGAUGGACGGGAUGGGAAGAGGAGCGGCGAAGCAGCUAUGCCAACGGUCCUUUGAACUGCUCAUUAAGCCCCAAUUGGUGUUAAUACGUCCAGCUGUAAUAUCACUGCUGUUAUAACUGAGGUUGUGACUUCAAAGGUUAGAUGUGAAUCUAACGUACUUGUUCCUUACAAAAAGUCAAUCUGAUUGUCAGCAUCCGUCAGGUUUAUUUCUUGUCGUGCUGUUUGUCGUGGUAGAUGCUUCGGUAGACUCUAGAGGCUUGGUUUGGGUCAUUCCAGUCCUCUUUAAAUCGGUUAACGUAGUCAAAGCGUGUAUGUAGAUGGUUCGUCAUGCCAAAAUCUCACAACGCCGCCGGCCACUGAGUAUUACGGGUUCCGGGCCUUCCGAGGUAGGGCCAUCAUUUUGCCAAGUCUGUCUUAAAACAGCAGGUGCCGCCCGCAUGAACACUGAAACCGGCCAUCGAGAGAUCUCUUCCUACGAUGCUUCCAGUGUAAGUGAUUGCGGGGGGGGAAUGCACAGUUGUAUGCAAAGGUUUGGGCGUCCCAGUGAUUAAAAACGAUGAUCGUGGCAUCGCCCCACUCCUGCCUGCGGCCAGCCAUUCGAGCGCAGGGGGAGAGAGAGAUCUGUCUCUGAAGGUACUCCAGACAUUUUGCCCAAUAUCCUGAGAGGAGCCGUUGCUGAUGUGGGCCUGUAGAGCCCAUCGAGACGACGUGUGUGUUACCGGGUUACACAAAAUAGCCACGGCAUGGUUUGACAUGACAGUCUACCUGAUCUUCACGCAGUGCAAGUAACAAGCUGGAAAGAAACCAAGGAGGAUUUUUAUUUUUUUAUUUUUUUAAAUUGUGCUCAAUCUUAAAAGUUGUUCUCAAAGUUUGUCAGUGCUGUUGUGGAUGUUUGCAGCUUUAUAUUUUGUUUAUAAAACAAGUAAAACAACCAAUUAUUGCAAAGAAGGAAAAUAAAUCACAACAAAUUGUUUUCAUAA